AUGGAGCAGCAGAAGGCCAUGCCUGCCCAGACGCAGACAGGUUUCUCCACCCCAAUGGAUCCUCAGCAUACGGGUUACUUGUACUUUCAAAGGGAAGGUAACGGACCAGUAAAAGUUACUGGAAGAAUCAGUGGCUUGACUGAUGGAGAUCAUGGCUUCCAUGUCCAUGAAUUUGGUGACAAUACAAAUGGGUGUACCAGUGCAGGUUCUCAUUUCAAUCCUGAAGGCAAGCAGCAUGGUGGACCAAAUGAUGCAGAAAGGCAUGUGGGAGAUCUUGGCAAUGUGACCGCCAAAGGAGGAGUGGCAGAAGUGGAAAUAGAAGAUUCCAUCAUUUCUCUUAGUGGACCACACUGCAUUGUCGGACGUACCAUGGUGGUCCAUGAAAAACGCGAUGACCUGGGUAGAGGGGGAGACAACGAGAGCAAAUUAACUGGAAAUGCUGGCCCGCGUUUAGCUUGUGGUGUGAUUGGAAUAGCGAAGAGCUAAGUAUUGUACCUGAAAUGCUUACGAUGAGUGGUGUGGGCUGUAUUUCAUUGCAAAUGCUGUACUUGCCCUUCCUUGUGCAAGCAAAAGAUUUAUCACUUAAUCUCGUUACUACUCUGCAUUCUGAGUAUCACUUUAACUGGUGAAGACUGACUUAAUUUUGUAUGAUGUAUAUUACAAUUAAAGUGACCCUGAUGGAAUGUCUCUCUAGUCUUCUGCUAAAGCAUCUGCUGUAACCAUUAAGUAUAAUUUCACUAACUGGAACUCCCAUUCUGCAUAAUGGAAGAUGUUUAGUAGUGAUCACAUCCUGAACACCAAAACUUCUGGUACAUAGUGUGAUUUGGAGGAUUAGCCUUAUGAGCU